AUGAAAUCCACUACUACCACUCAAACAACAUCAAACCAUGCGAGCGAGGAGAUUGUAUUACCCCUCUCUUCCUCUUUCUCGUCCUUUGUAGACCGAGAAUGGAGCUUGAUUCACUACGAUCAAGCCUCUCAAGAGAGUUUGAUGUUCAAUAUUGUAAAGGUAACGUUUCUAAUUUCGAGUCGUACUGACCCUGUUGUUGACUUUGUCCCAUUCAAACUUUACAGUAGCUUGAAAUACAAGUUUUGUAUUGAAGUUGAAACGGAGAGCAUCAAGACAGCAAAUAACUCACUGCUCUCUGAUGAAGAUGAACAACAAACAACACGAACGAAUACAAACGGUCAGAACAUCACGAAAGAAACAACGCUACCACAAAAACUUUUGGCAGACAUUGAUAUUGUGAACACUCACGAUGGAGCUUCACUUCUCAAUGACAACAGUCAUACAGGUAAGAAGAAGGAAAUUCUGAAAGGAGAAACACAUCUUUCGCUGCAGCCAACCUGCGAGGGAAGAAAACCAAUUAUUGCCAAAAGGAAACAUCGUCGAUCCACAACAACAUCCUCAAAACACAAUAACGGUAAGGGAAAUGACAACAUGACUCACGAGGAUGAUGAUUGCAGCAGUACUCACAGCUGCUGCCUUGAGGACUCUCUCAGCACCCACUCCAACCAUGGCCAGUCGUCUUCACAACGAACGACUGACAAGAAUACUACCACUUCAACACGAAGCUUGCUCACUUGUAACACUAAAUUUCAAUUCAGUGAUGUUGCGUAUCAUCACCAAAAAGAAAACAUUUGUAUGAGAGUUAGCUUGUUCACUCCUGAAGCUUACUCUCAAGGUAAGCAAAACCCUCUUAUUGUUAUGGUAAGUGCACCAUUCCAAAUAUAUGGGAGACGAACAACAGAACAGAGAGACGAGGAAGUCACCAAAAAGAGGCUCUACAUGGAACAAGCCAAGGAUGUUGACCCAUACGAAACCUUCCUUGCCAAGAAACUCAAGUUAACCAUGAGCGACGAUGAGAAGUUCCAACUCUAUGAGCAACAACUUGCAUCGCUGAUGGAAACGAUACGCUCUCUGCCCAAUGAAGAACAACCAUUGGCCUACGAGCUAGCAUUCAGACGUUUGGUUGCUGGCUGUGACCAACCUGUUCGUUUCGAUACAACUAGCGACUCUUUGGAAAGCACGACUGAGUUUGAGGAGAUGAAUACCUCGAAUUCUCCAACCCAGGAAGUGGUUGAAGCUAUGGAACCUUGCGAAACACUUGCUGAAGAUCCAUUCCAAGAAGAAUUUUGGCUGUGCGAGCCAAGCUUCUUGCCCUCUGUUCAAGGUGAUACUGCCCAGGAGCUCUCAAGUAGCAACGUUAUUACCUCUCCCUCUACUAUGUACUCGUGUGAAGAAGUAUUGUCAUGUCCUCAGUAUGAAGACCCUUACUCGACUUUUCUCAAGAAAGAACUCGAUGAUUUUGAUAUCUCUCGAUACUCUGAACUGGACUCUCUUAACUUUUUCGACUCGGACAUCUCUGAAGGCUCUGACUCUCAGUCCAAUGCAUUUGACGCAUCUACCUUUGAUUUGUUAAGCAGUUUUUAA